AUGGCUUGUGUGGCCCAUACCAGUUGUAGUCCCAGCACCACACCCGUACACCACAAGUAUAUAUGGGCGCGACCAGCAUCCACAAAAAUUUUCUCUUCAUUAUUCCUCCAGGUAUUUACAUUGAGCGACCAUGCCGGAUCCGUCCCUAGUGUGGUUGUACUCUCUCACCUGGAAGAGCGAUCUAGCGACAGUUCAGUUGCAGUUUCCUUCCAUGAGACUUUGACUCUACGUUCGCUUGAACAUUCUUCGUUCCGAUACGUUCGUAUGUUCACCUCAACAUACGUUCGUUUUGGACAUGUAACUUUCUCUGAUACUGAUCCACCACUAUUUGUUCAAUUCGUUUGGUUCUUCAAUCUUCCCAGUAUUGUCUACUUUACGUUCUACUACAUCUCAUCUUUGCCUACUGACGCAUUGUGUGUCGUUUUCUGUCUUCCGUCUUUCGCCUGUUCUUUCUAUCUUCUGUUCUGCCGUCCGUCUGUUCUGUCUUCUUCUGUCUUCUGUUCUAUUCUGUAA